GCUCGGGGUUCUCCUCGCCGGGGUGGGUGUCCCGCUCGUUCUCCGCAGCUUCCAGGAGCGGGCACCACGCCUUCCGCCCGCCUUCCCUCUCUUCGGGCCCGGGGGAAGGGGAGCACCGGGGCUCGUCCCUUCUCCCAUUCCCCCCCCUGGAUUUGCUGCCUGGGCACUGAGGUUGGGUGCAGCGGGCUUAGGAGUGGGUGGCCCGGGGUCCCGGAGGUGCUGAGGAGAGCAGCAAACCCCGUCGGUUUUUGUUAAAUUAAGCGCUUUCCAAGACCAACUUUUCCAACAACAAUGAUUUUCGGGCCCUUCUGCAGUCUCUUUAUGCCACAUUCAAGGAAUUUAAAAUGCAUGAGCAGAUUGAAAAUGAGUGUAUCAUUGGUUUGCUUCAGCAACGCAGCAGGACAGUGUACAAUGUGCACUCAGACAACAAACUAUCAGAGAUGCUCAGCCUCUUUGAGAAAGGCUUGAAGAAUGUCAAGAAUGAAUAUGAGCAGCUGAACUAUGCGAAACAGCUCAAAGAGAGAUUGGAAGCCUUUACCAGGGAUUUCCUUCCUCAUAUGAAAGAGGAAGAAGAGGUUUUUCAGCCAAUGUUGAUGGAAUACUUUACUUAUGAAGAACUGAAAGAUAUUAAGAAGAAAGUAAUUGCACAGCACUGCUCACAGAAGGAGGCUGCAGAAUUCAAAGGUCUUAGCAAAUGGAAUCAAGCAGAAGAGCUUCAGAAGGUCUUUAAGUAUUCUGUGGAUGAGAAGGCAGAUCAAGAAACUGAAGUAACAGGACUCACCACAAAUAUUACCAAUCUUCCUCCUGAAGUGAUGCUGACCAUUUUCAGUUACCUUAAUCCCCAAGAGUUGUGUCAGUGUAGCCAAGUAAGCACUGAAUGGUCACAGCUGGCUAAAACUGGAUCUCUCUGGAAACAUCUUUACCCUGUUCGUUGGGCCAGAGGUGAUUGGUACAGUGGUCCUGCAGCAGAUCUUGAGACAGAACCUGAUGAGGAAUGGGUGAAAAAUAGAAAAGAUGAAAGUCGUGCUUUCCAGGAAUGGGAUGAAGAUGCUGACAUAGAUGAAUCUGAAGAAGCAGCUGAAGAUUCACUUGCCAUUAACAUAGCACAAAUGGAAAAACGUUUACUUCAUGGCUUAAUUCAUAAUGUCCUCCCUCAUGUGGGCUCCUCAGUGAAGACAUUAGUGUUGGCCUACAGUUCUGCAGUGUCUAGCAAAAUGGUUAGACAGAUCUUGGAGCUUUGCCCCAACUUGGAAUAUUUGGAUCUCACUCAAACUGAUAUUUCAGACUCUGCAUUUGGAAGUUGGGCUUCAGUUGGCUGUUGUCAGAAUCUCCGCCACCUGGAUCUGUCUGGAUGUGAAAAAAUCACAGAUGUGGCUAUAGAGAGAGUUUCCAGAGCACUGGGUAUUGUCUCAACUCACCCUAUCAGAGGCAUCCUGAAAAGCUGCAGGAACAGGAAUGCCAAGACUUUGUGGAAAAACAGAGAGAUCCCUCUGCACUCCAACAAGAAGUAUAAUUGUUUGCAUGAAAUCAACAACGAAAACCUCAUUGAAGCAGGAGAGGGUGCUCAGCACUGGACUAAACCUGACAGCUCUGAAGACUUCAGUCCUGCAUACGUGUGGAUGCUGGAUGCAGAGGAUUUAGCUGACAUUGAGGAUGCUGCAGAGUGGAGACACAGAAAUGUGGAAGGGUUUUGUCUUAUGGAACCAACAUCCCCUGUUAAUUGUUCUGCAUCUUGCUACAAUAGAGACAUUUAUGGAUUAAGGACUAGAGGGUGGCAGCAGCACUGUGCUUCUACUGACUUGAUUUACUGCGGUCACUCCUUCUGUUGUGCUGGGACAGCACUAAGAACUAUUCAAGCACUUCCAGAGUCCUCUGCACUGUGUAAAAAACCAACAAGGACUAAGCAGUCAGAGAAAAAAGACUCUGCAUACUCUGGGAGUGAAAAAACAGAUGAAGAGACUGCACGAGUUCUUCAGUUUCUCAGUCUGUCUGGGUGUUACCAGAUCACAGACCGAGCUCUCAGGGCAUUGACUCUGGGAGGAGGACUGCCACAUCUGGAACACCUGAACCUCUCGGGGUGUCUGACUGUAACUGGUGCAGGCCUGCAGGAGUUGGUUUCUUCAUGCCCUUCCCUGAAUGAUGAACACUUUUACUACUGUGACAACAUUAACGGACAAGUUUUUAUAUCCUUAUGGCUUCUGAUAACUGCACUGAUACUCCAGGUCCUCAUGCUGAAACCGCCAGUGGAUGCCAGAAUUUGCAGUGUGGUUUUCGGGCCUGCUGCCGCUCUGGCGAGUGAGCGCUGCCCUCUGCUCUUUCAGCCAACUUCAUUUAGCUGAGCAGCCUUCCUCUCAUGCACUUUACUUACAGUUUGCAUCUUGUGUUAACAAUCCUUGGAGUGAGAUCUGUUAUACUAGCCUGACCCUGCUCACAACUUCAAACUCUUGUGUGUACUGUACAGUGUUGUAACAAUCUCACAAAAAUCUCGUUUUUGGUUUGAAGGGUGUUGGGGGUUUUUGUUUCACUUGAUUUGGGGAAGAUGGGAAAAACAUUCAGAAUUCUUUUUGGUUUUUUUUUCCUUUUUAAAUGCCGCUUUCUUUCAAGUUUGGCACUUAAAUAUACUUUACUGGAUUAUUUUGUGUUAAGUGAAUGGUUUUUUUUUUUUUUUUGAAUCCGUAAGUACAAGAUAAAGCUCUGCAGAGAAUUUGAGAUGUACUGUUUGCAUUUGGGUAACACCUCUCCAUCUUUAGGAGCCUUGUUUCUUCCCCUUUCCUCUCAUCCCGAAGUUGUUCUUUAUAUUGCAAAAUUAGGGAAACUCCCACCUUCCUUUUGCAUUUGGUUUUGUAUUUGGGCUUGAAAGACAUACUCAAAUAAAACAUUCCCACCAA